AAAAUAUAUUUUUUUGACGUUAUAUUUUACUAUAUGUGGUGAUCAGUUAAACACUUGCCGUAAAAAAAGCGUUUUGUUACUUUUAUUUAUGACUGUAUUUGCGAUUUGUAGGUAUAUAAAUUAGCUCUAGCAUUGUGGUUUUACUACAUAACAAAAAUAUUAUUUUUUAGGAUGUUUUUCCUGUUAUGCCGUCUCGCAAAACCCAAUAAAUGUAUUAUAUUACUGCGAUUACGAUACAGCACGCGGCGCCCAAAUGGUAAUAAAAUUCGAUCAUCUAGCUCCCACUUACGUAUAACUGGAUGUGCCAGACAGUGACAGAAAGUACUACUUAGUUUUGUUCAUCGAACUAACAGGCCAAUUCGAACGUACACUGAUAUGGAAUUAUAUUUGAAUCAUAUUAUUUAGUUAUCUAACGUCUCGACCGCGCCAAUACAUGUACGAACAAAUACAACCUAAAUGCAAGAUAUUUGAAUGAGAUCAGAUGUCAGUCUGAUAUCAGUGCAGAGUGUCGAAUUAGCCUGUAAGACUCAUCACACAAGCCCUCCCUCCUCCCCUUCCGUCCCCUUCCGAAACAGGUAUAGCUUGUUAUUAAGCUAAAUUGAACUCGAGCGGCAAACCAACUUUAUAUAUUUGUAUUUAUCUGUUGUGAGGGUUGAGAGCAUCUCACUCACACCUAUAAAUAAGAACGACGGAGGUGCAUAAGUGAUUGCAAAAGGAGAUCAAAUUGGCGUCAAAUUGUUUACUGUAGUUGUUUACAUCCAUUGAGUUUAUACGGACGGGACCUUGUCUUUAAUAACAUAUGACUCAUAUGAGAUAUGGUUACGUUUUCGGGAAAUCUAUUAAUGUAAUCUGUGAGACCUUGAAUAAAAGACCUGUCUGAAGUUCUUUGGUGCAGUUAAGUUUUAGCUUCACGUACCUAAAACAAAAAUGUUUUUGACAAAAUGUGCCGUUUUUAUUGCGAUAAUACAGUUUGUGAGCGCUCAAAAAGAAAUAAUUACAGAGGACAACGUCAACUACCGGUUCUUUCCUGUGAAGGAUCGUACGUCGGUGUCGUUUAAAGUAGAUGCUCAUAACGAUGCCCACGUAGCUCUCAGCAAACAUCCUCAGUUCUCCGUUCCCAUGUAUGAGUUUGUUAUUGGAGGAUGGGGAAACACAAAGAGCGUGUUUAGAAGAAUAACCUGCUUGCCACGUGAAAAAGAUGAAGCACAGACACCUGGGAUCCUAAACGACCGGGAAUAUCGAGGAUUUUGGAUACGAUGGGAUAAUGGCGACAUUUUGGUCGGACGCGAGGGAUACGACAAGCCUUUUAUGUCAUGGCAAGACCCGAAGCCUUCUCCAGUGACGCAUGCGGGCGUGAGAACUACUUGGGGCUCAGAUGGGAACUGGAAAAUAGCAAACGGCUCACGCUACAACGGCGGAAACGAACAAAGUAUUGAUGUGGCAACGAAAGUCAACGCUCAAGCUCAGUACUUUCCAGUAUCAGGCAGCGCAAUGCAUUUUAAAGUGCGCGCGCGGAAUGACGUCACGAUUGAAUUGACCAGCCAGCCUCGCCAAACUGAUCCCAUGUAUGAGAUCGUUAUUGGAGGUUGGACUAAUUCAAAAAGCGUGAUCAGAAAGUACGUUUGUCACAUAGUAGAGAAAGAUACCCGCCAAACGCCCGAAAUUCUGAACAACGAAGAGUUCCGCGAGUUCUGGUUGCGAUGGGACCAUGGAAACAUCUUGGUUGGUCGAGGGAGCGAGGCCCAACCUUUCCUAUCGUGGCAAGAUCCUGAUCCGGUGCGCGUAGCUUAUGUAGGUGUGCGAACAACAUGGGGCUCUACUGGCAAUUGGAAAAUAGCAAGUGGUUCUAACAAGGGCAGGGAUAGCAUAGAUGUAGCAACGGACAACGACGUGAAGUGGCAGUUCUUCCCCAUACAGGGCGAUUCGCUGCGGAUCAGAGUCCGCGCAAGUAACGAUGCGACGAUCGGACUCGCCACUCACCCCUGGGCAACCGAUCCGAUGUACGAGGUCGUCCUCGGAGGCUGGAGAAACACUAAAAGCGUACUCAGAAGAUUUUGCUGUGCGAACCCUAUUAAAGCCAAAGCAGACACGAACGAGAUAUUAAAGAGCGGAGAAUCGCGAGGGUUCUGGGUGCGCUGGGACGGCGGGAACUUCAUGGCUGGGCGGGAAGGCGAGACCAACCCCUUCAUAUCGUGGCGGGACCCUGACCCGUUCCCUGUGGCUUUCAUGGGCGUGCACGCUGGAUAUGGUUCUAGUGGUGUCUGGGAGAUUGAAAAUACUUCUGCAAAAGACAUCAUAGUUUCAAAUAGUAAUGAACACAUACCAAUCACACAUAUAUACAUGCCAAUGGUGUGUGCACCGACGCUAACACGCCUUCGUCAGGGCACAGCUUGCGCAGGGCAGACUGUCUUUGAAGAGAACUUCGACACUCUGCAAGAAGACAUCUGGGAAGUGCAACAAUACGUGCCAGUAGAUCACCCUGAGCUGCCAUUUGUGACAUAUCAGCGUUCCACAGUGUCCAUUAAGAAUGGAUAUCUCCGUAUUGCUCCAAAGCUUCAGGAAAACCAGCCGGGUUUUACCCACUCCAGCAUGUUUGACGCGUUGGAUUUAUAUAAAGGAUGCACGUCGGCGCAAUCCAGUUCAUGCUACGUAGAAGCCGGUGAUCACUCUUCAGUUAUCCCUCCCGUGAUUGGCGGCCGCAUUAUUAGUAGAUCAAGCUUUGCCUUCACUUAUGGCACUGUCAGUGUUCGCGCCAAAUUGCCUAUCGGAGACUGGAUUUACCCAGAAAUAUUACUGGAAUCAUUCUCAAAGAAGUUUGUCUAUGGAACAAAGAAUUCUGGAGUGUUGAAGAUAGCGUGCGCCCGAGGCAAUAAAGAGCUAAAGAAAGGAUCCACUCAGUACGGGAAUAAGGUGCUGUACAGCGGCCCUGUUAUUGACACAAAGUGUCACGACUCACUGCUGGUCAUCAAAAACUCGGACAAGUUUUGGGGUGAUGAUUUCCAUGUGUACUCUCUUAAGUGGACACCAGAUAGCUUGAUUUUAUCGGUGGAUGGCGAAGAGUAUGCACGAGUGGAGCCUCAUGGCAGCGAGGGUUUGCGCGCACGUCUUCCUAAGGCCUGCAUUGGACCUCACGAAUCAGGCAUGGCCCCUUUUGAUGACCAUUUCUACAUAACUCUAGGGUUAGCAGCAGGUGGUCACUCGGAAUUUCCCGACGCGGGCGUUACGAAGGGUAAUCACUCAAAACCGUGGAAGAACCAGGCGUCGAAGGCAACCCUGAAGUUCUGGAACGACAUCGACGAGUGGCAAGAUACGUGGGAACGUCCAGAGAUGUUGAUUGAUUAUGUUAAAGUAGUUGCAUUGUAAACAUAUUUUAAAAUAAAUAUCAUGCAGAUUUUAUUGAUUGGCAAACAAUGUAUUUACCAAUCAUAUAAACAUAGGUAAUACUUUUAAGUAAAAUCAGAGUCACGUGGCCGGCUGUGAAGUAUGAGCACAUAUGAGAUAAAUGUGACGUAAAUAAUUACGUUACUUAAACAUACAGCCUAGAGAUCCGCGUCACGCCGGCGCGCC